ACCUGAGAGGCUUUUUUUUUUUUUUUCAAUUAGCCGAGACUGUAAAACGGGCUGUGAUUAUGUUUUAAACUUUAAUUGACGCUCUGCUUUCUCCAAACUCGCUGUGAAUGCACGAUUUAGUUGCGAGGGGGGGGGGGAGAGAGAGCGACGCUGCAUCCUCACAGAGAGACCACUUGUACCGCCGUCACAACUGUGCCAAGAGACAGGGAGUCUUUGAAAGCCACCGGAGCGGACCAGACCUGCAUAUCAAUCAGCGUCCCGGGGAGCGACUCGCCGGAUUCGCACCGGCGAUAACAGGCAUUGUCUUGUUGCAAAGGUGCGUGUGACUGCGUGUGCGGGGAGCGGAGGGGGCGAGAUGGCACUUUUUCCGUUUGAAGGAGCGAAGGCAGCAACAGUCAGCGGCAAACAAAUGUAAAAAAAAAAAAAAAAAAAAAAAAAAAAAAACCCAGUUUCCUCCUCGUCUUGCCACGGGUGCGCACCGGCGAAGAGGCGCAGGACCCGCAGGAUCAUCGAUUCGCACUUUGUGAUCUUGCGCUUGCGUAUGUGACAAGAGCGGAGAGGACGCGGGGAACGGUGGGAUCGAGGGGUGCUUCUCCUGAACGAAAGACUCCAAUUAUUUGAACCAUGAGCGCCAGGAUAUUGUUUUUGCUUGUUUCGUCUGCGGCAUUUUUCGCCGGGCUGCAGUGCGCCUCGCCAAGAGCCACGGCGGGGAUGGAUCCCUCCACCGCCGACUUCAGCAACAUCGGCGGCGGCGGCGGCAGCAGCGGGGAAUCCGGCGGCAAAAGAGACUUGAACCAAACCAUAAACUCCCGGCUCAAGAGGAAAACCCUGGCUGUGGAUUUUGCCGUCCCUUCUCUGCUGCGCUAUUACCUGGCGGAGUUCAUCAAGAGACCCCUGAACGGCGACUGCCAGACUUUUCGCGGAUGUUACACGGUGCGCGCAAACUUGAAAAUGCACUGCAUACCUUUACAGAAAACCAUAUCUACUUUCGUGGACGUCGCCACAGACCCGGCGCUGAGGAACGCGUCCGCUGACGGACAGCUCCCUUUCUUCUACAAGCGGCCGCUGUCCAAAGUUCUGAAAUUGGGCUUGACUAAAGCCAGCAGGAAAUCCAACCAAGUUGUGGUGGAAAUAGGAGAGGAUAUAGUGAAGACGGGAUGCGGAGGGCUGUCUGUGUACGAGGAGGCCCCGGUGUUCACCCUGGAAAUGGACCUCACAACUAUUCUGGAGUGGUGGCUGGGCGCAGAGGGGGGCCGGCUCAGGGUCCGGCUCAUGCCCGAGAAAAAGGCGCAGGUGCCCGGGAUGGAGGACCGCUACACCACGGCCAUACGCGCUGCAGACCCCCGCCUCUUCCUUCAGAUAUCCUCCCGGGGCGAACCGUCGGCUGGCAGGACGGCGUCUGAUGUUCCUAGAGGGUACUGGAGUUUCUCCUGGGUGGCCGAGGACGACCUGAGCUUUCCCAGCGACACCUCGCCCACAUCAGGUCAUCACUGUCCUGGCAGUAGCAGGACAUGUGACCAGCGCCAGGAUGGGGUCCCAGAGUUCACGUGGAGUAUUGUGGCUGCCGGGGACGUGCGGGAGGAAAGGAACGAGAGAGCCGAAAAGAAGUCAAGAAGUCCCCAGGGGUGGGAGGAAGGUAAGAGCGAAGGUCAGUUCCUCUGGGUGAACCGUUCAGCCUUUGGUGGCCCCUGGGUGCUCAGUCCUUGGCUGUGGGGGGCCCAGGGUCCCUGUAGUCUGGACAUGGCUGUGUUCCUCCACCCCAAGCAAAGUGGGCAAUACACCAUAAGGCUCGUAGAGCGGGACAAACCUCCACUUGCCCUCUUCUCCACUGACACGCUGCCACGAAUCACAGGCUGGGCUGUGGUCCACCUCACCCUGGGGACCAACGGAGGGUCACCUUUUCGGGUGUCGGCCAGCUACGAUCAACGGAUUCCAAAGGAUGACACAGCCACCAUUGAGCCCCACUUCACCACCAAUUGCACCAUGGAGUCCUCACCUGGCCCCAACAUCACACUGGAAGGCCAGUACCACUGUCAUCAAGGACCUGGGAUCCCGCUGGACAAACUGUGUGACUUCAGUACAGACUGUCCACUCGGUGAUGACGAAGGGGACCUAUGUCGCCACUUUCUCAAUGGCAGCUACUGCUCUUUUGAAGAGGGCGAGUGCAGUUGGCAGUCAAUAACAGGCCGUGGUCUCUCCUGGAGACGACUCCAGUCGCCAACCAAGGCUACCAGACAGAGCUGCCCAUCAUCAGGUGCGACAUUCAGCGUGGAAGGUCAGUCCAAAGGCCAGCGUAGCUCAGCGUUACUGAGGAGCCCUCUGUUCCCUCCUCCUCUAAGGAACUCUCCAUGCACGGUGCGAUUCUGGCUGUGUUCUGGAGGCUUACAGAAGGGCUCGCUGUCACUGUGGCUGGUGGAGAACAGCACCGGCCCCGAGGAGCAGCGCAGACUGUGGCAUUCAGCCAGUGAACCCAAAUUUGAAAGGGGUUGGAAACUCAUCACACUUCCCCUUUACGGGCUGGCAGAUUGGUUCUGGCUGCAGUUCAGCACAGAAGAUGGACCUGGACCCGGUUCAGCCAUCUCUCUCGACAACAUCUCUUUCAGUAUGGACUGCUUCCUGGCAUCCAACGGUGAGUUUCCACCAGUGGCCACCAGCACAACAAGGCUGCCGUUUAGACCAAGCAUCUCGACGACACCCCCGACGAUUGGCCCCGAAAAAGAUUACUCCAAAAAAUGGAUUUUUCAUACCUGUGGAGCUGUGGGACCUGAAGGCCCGACUCCCACUCAGUGCCUCAACUCCUACAGGAACAGCAAUGUCAACGUGACAGUAGGCACCCGAGGGCCCUUCAAAGGCAUUCAAACGUGGCGGGUCCAGGAAACUGGCACCUACAGGAUAACAGCCUAUGGUGCAGCUGGCGGUCGGAGCGUAUUGGCCAUGAGCCGGUCACAUGGUGUCUACAUCACAGGAGACUUCCUGCUGAGAAAGGGCGAGCAGCUUUACAUCCUGGUGGGGCAGCAGGGAGAGGACGCAUGUCCCAAUUCCAACGGCAUACUGAAUAAGAUCUGCCUGGAACAAAGUGGCCCGAUGGUGAACAAGACUCAAGUGAAAGGGGGCGGAGGAGGAGGUGGUGGCGCUACGUACGUGUUCAAGGUGGACAAGGGAGUGUACGUCCCCCUCAUCAUCGCCGCUGGGGGAGGUGGCCGGGGUUACAGCAGCCAAUCACAGACCCAGCUGGAGCAGAUGGACUAUGACCCCAACCAACUGGGACGCAAUGGGAAGUCGCACGCUGCAGGUGGAGGCGGAGGUUGGAAUGACGGUGCUCCUGUCAGUCAGGGUGGCAGACCGCUGGUGCUGGGAGGCCAAGGAGGGCAGGCCUGUCAAAAGUUCUGGCAGACCCACGGCGGCUUUGGGGGCGGCGGGGGUGGCUGCAUGUCCGGCGGCGGUGGUGGAGGCUACAGAGGUGGAAACACCUCGCUAGACGACAACCCCAAACAUGACGGCGACGACGGAACGUCCUUCCUCGGCCCAGAGGGAGAGCCCUUCCUUCCCUAUCCUCUAAAAGCUAUGGAGGGCGAUGGUGAGGUAAUCAUCAGUCCAGUGCAGAACUGCAGCCACUGUGAGAGCGGCGAAUGCCACGAGAUCGGGGACAGCGUUGUGUGCUACUGUGAAGAUGACCUCAUCCUGGCAUCGGACGGGGUGUCCUGCAUCAACACCACAGAGCCGCCCACGCUGCCUCCGCCGCCGCCUCUCUCCCACCUGGCGCUGGGUCUGUCCGUGGGCACCUCGGCACUCAUCGCCGCCCUGCUGCUGGCUGUGUCUGGAGUCAUGAUAAUGUACAGACGCAAACACACAGAGCUGCAGUCUAUUCAGUUGGAGCUGCAGAGUCCAGACUGCAAGCUCAGUAAGCUGCGGGCCUCCACCAUCAUGACCGACUACAACCCCAACUACUGCUUUGCCGGCAAGACGGCAUCGGUCAACGACCUGAAGGAGGUGCCGCGACGUAACAUCUCCCUCACCAGGGGUCUGGGUCACGGUGCUUUCGGUGAAGUCUAUGAAGGGCUGGCAGUGGGGAUACCAGGUGAACCGAGUCCACUGCAAGUAGCAGUCAAGACCCUUCCUGAGGUUUGCUCUGAGCAGGAUGAACUGGACUUCCUCAUGGAGGCUCUAAUCAUCAGUAAGUUCAGCCACCAGAACAUUGUGCGUUGUAUAGGAGUCAGUCUGCAGGCCAUGCCCAGGUUCAUUCUGCUGGAACUGAUGACCGGAGGAGACCUCAAGUCUUUCCUGAGGGAGACCAGACCCCGGCUGGAACACCCAUCCAGCUUGACCAUGGUGGACCUUCUCAACGUGGCCAGAGACAUCGCUAAGGGUUGCCAGUAUCUGGAGGAGAACCAAUUUAUACACAGGGACAUUGCAGCUCGCAAUUGCCUGCUGACCUGCAAAGGACCGGGCCGCGUGGCCAAGAUUGGAGAUUUCGGGAUGGCUCGAGACAUUUACAGGGCAAGUUAUUACAGGAAGGGUGGGCGUGCCAUGCUGCCGGUGAAGUGGAUGCCACCUGAAGCCUUCAUGGAGGGCAUCUUCACAUCUAAAACGGACACAUGGUCGUUUGGGGUUCUGCUGUGGGAGAUUUUCUCACUGGGCUACAUGCCGUAUCCAAGUCGCAGUAACCAGGAGGUGCUGGAGUUUGUAACCAACGGCGGAAGGAUGGACCCGCCUAAAAACUGCCCUGGGCCUGUGUACCGUAUAAUGACUCAGAGUUGGCAGCAUCAACCUGAGGACAGGCCUAACUUCUCAACCAUCCUGGAGAGGAUUGACUACUGCUUACAGGACCCUGAUGUGGUGACCGUGCCCCUGCCUAUAGAGUAUGGCCCCGUGCCUGAGGAGGAGGAGCGUGUGCCCAUGCGCCCUGACGACCCCUCUGCUCCAACCGUGCUGGUGAAUGCCCAGGUGCCUGAUGGGGAGGCUCCACAGCCGCCUCCAUCCUACCCUUCAGAGGAGAGUCGGAGAGGUGGGGAGCACACUGUUGUGACCAGCACAGCAUCGGAGGCCAAAGCACAGAUGCCGGCUCAGCCCCAGCCAUACCUCCACCAGCACCAGCAGCCUCACACACAGACCUCCAUCACCAUGACAACAACUAACACCAUCACCUCCACGGCCACCUCCACACUCACUGCCAAGGGACCUCAUGUCACCACCCAGCCCAACCCCGAAGGGGGCCACAUCAACCUGGCGUUCACCCAAGGCCACCCGCCAGAGAAGGAGGGCCACAACGGGAAGAGCACCAGCCUCUGGAACCCGACGUACGGCUCGUGGUUCCUACAGCAGAGGAAGCAGCAGCAGCAGCAACAGCAGCAGCAACAGAGGCAGGUGGGGGUGGGGGGCGCAGGGGGGAGCAGUGGCAGGGUGCCUGGGGAGGGGCAGGAGCACGUGGGCCGGACUGUGGCUGAGGUGGCAGGAGCGCUGGGCCUCCAGCACCAGCACCAGCACAAGCAGUUCCAGCAUCAGCUCCAGCAGCAGCACCAACUCCAGCUGCUACACCAUCAGCAGCAGCAGCAGGGUCUCUGCAGACCUCUGUUACCCCCACCCCCGCCUCCUGCUGCUCCGUCACCUCUGCUUUUAGAUUCAGCCGCAUUGCCCCCAGUUCCCCUCUACAGACUGAGACGAUUCCCCUGUGGGAACAUCGGCUACGGCUACCAGGAGCAAGGCAUGCCACUGGAGGCCGCCCACGGUAACCCCAACCCCCCUCCCCCACCCCCUCUACCCCAGCAGGGCACCUCCAUUCCCUCCUCAGCAGCCCACCAGAGAGGGCCCCCUAUUCCCACAUCAGUGUCCAUGGGUCGGUCAGUUCUGUCCGAGGACAGCCGUCCACUGCUGGUCACCAUGGGAACAGUACAGGACCCCAGGCUGCCCAGGAUGGAGGGCCACAACGCCACCGUGCUUUAGCCCAAAUACCUGCACCGCUGGUCUUUAUCGCCGGCCCUGUCUUUGGAGACUGUGUUCAGGACACAUAGCAGGAAACACUGUGUCAGGACAGAAACCGUUUUACACCACCCGCACCCUCCCACCAUUUUGGUUUCUUCCUCCAGUUCAGUAAGAACCCAUCUCACUGAAACACAGCUGGAUGAGUCCAUCAGGCUUUUCCCAUGAGAACCCUGGAGGUGUGGUUAAAUCCCCAAUGGACGCUCAAGCACAUCAGAUAACUAAAAAAAGCUUUGGGAGGCAAAAUGUAGAGUAAAGACUAAUUUUAAGAGUUUAAAAGAUGUAUUUUUUCAACGCUGGAGGGAUCGUGACUGAGUGAGAAUACCGAGAAAUAAUCAGACGGAGAGAUAAGGGCACACAGUGGUGUGUUCAUUGACGGCUGAUGACGUCUCUUGUCUAUGAGAAGGGACUGUGGGGAGGAUUCAAAUCUCUAUAUUUUGCCAGACUUUCAGUCACAAACUCUGGUGACCCAUUCGACUGCAACAACUGCACAGUUGUCCUCAGCUGCCAGCUACAUGCGUCAGUUCUCCUGCAGAAUCCACACACUGCUCCUGAUCCACAUCCUUUUGGGAAAACAACAGUGCGGUACAUGACUUGUAUCAGACUAUUUUUCAAGAGUAUCACAAAAUUGGACGCUGGAUUACCAGAGACAUUUAUACAAAAAAAAUACUGGGAAAAUGUGUUUGUUGGUGUUUGCUUGCCUGCUUGUUUAUUUAUUCAUUUGUUUAUUUAUUAUUUGGAAGUGGCUCUAUAAAUUAUUCAUGAACAUGCUUCAAAUCCAAACAAAUUCAUUUUGCAUCAGCUGAGGUUUUUGUUGAACUGCAGGAAUUUACUUAGGUAAUAUGUUAAGAGCAAGAAAAAAAAAAAAAGAAAAGCAAAAAAGGAGAGAUUGACAAUCCACCCAAGAAGUCAACUUUAAAUAUCCUCAGCGGGUUAAAAACACUGAUACAGAAAAUCAGCUGCGUCCUUUACAAUGGCCUUUCAGGUGGAGAGACGUAGAGCGCGGCAGCAGGUUUGACAAAAGAAUGGAAGAGAUUAAAGACAAGCCAGCCUCAGCAACAUUUCAGAGUUCAGCUUUUUACUAUUGCUGAAGAUUUGUAACAAGUCGUUGCCUCUGGUACUAUUGAAAUCGCUGCUCUCCUUUUGUUAACAACUUUAUUCUGUUGAAAGAGUGCUUUGAGACAGUGGAGCUGAGGCUUUUCUUUACUUACAGCUUUUUCAGUAACCCAUUAUUAAUUCAUUUCUUGUUAAAAAAAAAAAGUUUCUUUCCCUUCUUUUUUUUUUUUAUCUGGAUAUAGAAACAGUGGAUAUUGCUGAAUCAAUCUUAACCUUCAAAUUGCUAUCUCGAAGCACUCUACGUUCCUAAAUUUGCAUAUUUUAUCUUUUCUAUUAUAGGAUGAGUGUUGUGGAAUACAAAUGAGUCUGAGUGAAAAGUUUGAAUGCAAACGGAUUUUGCUCUACGUGUGAACGAACGACCAGUUUGACUCUGCUCAUUGACACACACACACGCGUCUGUGUUCAAAGUCUGCUUUUUUUUUUUAAGUUUAAGGACAGUUACAAACAGUAUAUCUAUCAGAUGAUGCCAUUGCCGCGGCGGUGUUGAUAUUUACGUGAAUGACGACGAUGUGCGUCAGUUUUCCGAUGCUUUUGCUUGACUGUAUUUGGCAAUCCUGUCAGUCCCUCUGCUCUAAAGCACUGAUGAGCUGUCAUGUGAUGUCAUGACACUCCCUGACUGAUGAAGACAAAUGCAUUCCUGUAGGCCAAGUCAAUGAGCGAAAAAUAUUGACCAAUGAAAAGUAUUUUGCUUUGUCUCCAGUACCUGUGUUCGAUGCAUUCAUUCUGUGUUCCCUCAUCGCCAUCGUUUGAUGUAAAAAGACGAACCUAACUGCACCUGUAAAUGUUGUAAUUACAAAGUAUUGUUCUAUGGCUCUGGUAAAAGCUGUAAAUUGCCCUUCAAAAGACAUUCGCCAAAAUUAAUAAAUUACUAUA